AUGUCUGACAAUUCCAGCCCACCUUCUCAAGGAGCAGCCUUGCCUAAGAAAGAUGACAAAAGACCCAUCACUGGAUCCCUUCGGGGAUCGAAACGUCCCUCCUCCAACCCUCAAGCCACUUCUGGCGGUAACCUUCUCCUGCCCCAAGCACUGAAGUCUUCGGCCUCUCCUUCUAAUCCUGCGGCGAGGCUAGCCGCUGGAGAAGCUAUUUCUCGUCCGUCCUCUGCUGACAGCCAUGCAAGGAGCGGAUCCAAGGACUCCAGGCCUCGCCAUGGGCCCCGAAACAGCCAGAGCACGAGUGGCAAGAAACCUCAAACCCCUACUUCUACCUCUAGUCGAAGCAAUAGUGGAGGCGCGGGUGCCAAAUCUGAUAAUGCGCCCGAUAAUUCCUCCGGCCUUAGCGCUCUUCAACGCGUGAUCACCGAUCUCAAAUCUAUUGCUGUUCCUGCUAACCAACAAGGAGGGAUUCCCGCAACAAUACCAGUGCAAACCCCUCUGUCUGCUUCCACGGGCAGCGGCAGCCAGUCUUACAAUCCAGUUCACUUCGCUGCUCCCGCUUACUCGGCUCAACUCGGAGUCAUGCAGGAAGAUGCUGAAGAUGCAUAUUCUCACGAUUCAAUUGAUGAUGUUGUUUAUCACGAUCAACCUGGCUUUACGCAGCCUGCUCCCGCUCCUCCCCAACGUGAUCGUGUGGCGACUGGUCAGGCUCCCAUGGGCUCAUUCACAGCCCCAAGAUUCCAAGCCCUGGCACAACAAGAGAGUGGCGAGAGUAUCGGACCAAGCGGUCGCCCUCAAUUAGCACCCAACUUCAUGUUCGGAGGCAAUCGUCGCAAGCCCUCUGAUGAUGAUGGCGGAUUCCAAUUCCCUCAACACAUCCCGACCUCGUGA